AAAGUGUCGAGCAUGUCUUGUAUUUACUGGGUAUCGUUUUGUCCCUACCAUCAGCGGCACCUCGUUUUGAUAAGCGUUGAUUAAAGUCUCUCAACUUGUUAUUAAUGGAUCCUAAUUUACGCAACUUAAAAGAUUUUCUGACGUUGUAUAACAAGGUCACAGAAUUAUGUUUCUCGAGAUGUAUUGAAACACUAUACGAGCGGGAUUUGACCAAUAGCGAGAGUACUUGUAUAGAUCGGUGCGUAGUAAAAUUUGCUCGGUUUAAUCAGAAAAUGAUGAAUGUUUACGUUGAGGUGCAAUCAGACAUAAAUCAAAAACGUAUGCAAGAAAUUGAAGCCAAUCAAAAACAACUGGAACAACCGCAAGCGUCGGCAUCCAUGGCAUCUGCAGGAAACAUAUCGCAUUUGCCAACAACAACGAAUGGAACACGAGCGCCUGCAUUCUCGUAAAAAAAAAACUUGAUUUUAGUAAUAUUGCAUUUUACAUAAAUUUACCACACUUUGGUGAUAUAAACACAUUUAAACAAUCACAUGUCGACACGCAUUUGCCUUUUACCUUUAAUAGGCUUGCCCGCAAGUGGCAAAACUACUUUCAGUAAUUGGCUAUUGGAUAUAUCACAAAAACCCAUCAAUAUCAUACAUAUUUGCUUUGAUGACUACUUGACGCCACC